AUGGUUAUGUUUUCAGUCAUGGUGGAAGGCAGUGACGGCAGUAUGGAGGAGAAGGUUAUUAAUGAAGAGUACAAAAUAUGGAAGAAGAACACGCCUUUCCUCUACGAUAUGGUGAUGACGCAUGCCUUAGAAUGGCCCAGUCUCACAGUGCAAUGGUUACCGGACAUACAAAAGGCAGAGAAUGGCGAUUACACCACCCAGCGACUCAUCCUCGGAACUCACACCUCAGACGAGCAAAACCAUCUUCUUAUUAGUAAAAUCCAGCUACCUACCGAUGAUGCACAGUUCGACGCGUCGCGGUACGACACCGAAAAAGGAGAGUUCGGAGGGUUUGGAGCGAUUACCGGAAAGGUGGAGACAGAAAUAAAAAUUAACCACGAUGGCGAAGUUAACCGCGCUCGAUACAUGCCACAGAAUCCAGUCAUAAUUGCAACCAAGUCUCCCAAGGCUGAGGUUUUCGUUUUCGACUACACUAAACACUCAUCUGUUCCAAAAGAUAACCAGUGUAAGCCUCAAUUACGGCUCCGUGGACAUACGAAGGAAGGUUAUGGUCUUUCGUGGAAUCCUAACAAGCAAGGACACAUUCUAUCUGCUUCUGAUGACAUGACCGUAUGUCUGUGGGAUGUCCAAGCAAACGAGAUUAGUGCUGGGUACUUGGAUGCAAAGACUAUUUUCAAGGGGCAUACGCAAGUCGUCGAAGAUGUUGCAUGGCAUGUGCUACAUGAAGCAGUAUUUGGUUCUGUUGGUGACGAUCACAAAUUGAUGAUUUGGGAUAUCCGAGGAAAUCAGCCUGCACAUACAGUUGAAGCACAUUCCGCUGAAGUCAACUGUUUAUCGUUCAAUCCUUAUUCGGAAUUCAUUCUUGCAACUGGAAGUGCUGAUAAGGUGCAAUCUUUUUUUUAG